CUCCAGCCUGUUGACUGGCGCUACAUCACUGUCCUGAGCUCGCGUGCGCUGGGUGGGGUUUGGGUCAUUUCCUCCAGUGUCGGGUUUCUCCAGCUCACUGGCAUUUAAAUCUGCUGCAGUGGGAAGCCUGUGUGUGAGCGUGUCACCGUGGGACAAUCAGCUCUGCUGCAGGAUUUGCCACUUUUCUUCUCGUCUUUUCAAAACAGCAACACUGUAUCUCUAAUUCUCGUUCCAGUGUCCAAGAAGAGGAUUCAUUGUAUCGCGCAGCGGCGCGCGCGUCUGUUGCAACAAAGCUUGAAUGAAAGACUGCCCGACUGCAUUACUGAACAUAUAAGCCGCAUAUUUGGUAGGAAUGCAUGCUAUUUUGUAGUUAUGCUCGUUUGUGCGUUUUGUGUCGUGAAUGAACUAGAGGCACGAUAAUCGUUUGAUUAAAAAUAUCGUUCGUGUAUGGACUCUAAAUACAUCGACGUCAGCGAUAUCAGAUUCACGCGCGCAUCAUUCAUUUGAAAACACUACGGUCCUUCAUUCCUGCGUGCAAGCUUCUCUCUGUACUCGAGUCACAUCAUGUUCAGCUGGUUGGGUACCGAUGACAGGAGAAAGAAAGAUCCAGAAGUCUUUCAGACUGUCGGUGAAGGACUCAAGAAGCUCUACAAGACCAAACUGCUUCCAUUGGAGGAGCAUUACAAGUUUCACGAGUUUCACUCUCCUGCUUUAGAGGAUGCAGACUUUGACAAUAAACCCAUGGUUCUCCUGGUGGGACAGUAUUCAACCGGCAAAACCAGCUUUAUAAGAUAUCUCCUGGAGCAGGACUUCCCCGGUAUGCGGAUUGGACCGGAACCUACGACUGACUCCUUCAUAGCAGUGAUGCAUGGCACUAUGGAAGGAUUAAUCCCGGGAAACGCACUGGUUGUGGAUCCAAAGAAACCCUUUCGCAAGCUUAACGCCUUUGGCAAUGCCUUCCUAAACAGGUUUGUGUGUGCCCAACUGCCCAACCCUGUUCUGGAGAGCAUCAGUGUGAUUGACACACCAGGAAUUCUGAGUGGAGAGAAGCAACGAAUCAGCAGAGGCUAUGACUUUGCUGCUGUCUUGGAGUGGUUUGCAGAGCGAGUCGACCGCAUCAUUCUGCUAUUCGACGCCCACAAGUUGGACAUCUCGGAUGAAUUUUCAGAGGUCAUCAAGGCCCUCAAAAACCACGAAGAUAAGAUACGCGUGGUGCUCAAUAAGGCCGACCAGAUUGAGACGCAACAACUGAUGCGCGUCUACGGUGCCCUCAUGUGGUCGCUGGGAAAGAUCGUCAACACGCCCGAGGUGAUCCGUGUCUACAUUGGUUCAUUUUGGUCGCAUCCGUUACUGAUCCCAGACAAUCGCAAGCUGUUUGAGGCAGAAGAGCAAGACCUGUUCAAGGAUAUUCAAUCACUUCCUCGAAAUGCUGCACUACGCAAGCUGAACGAUCUUAUCAAGAGAGCUCGACUCGCAAAGGUUCAUGCAUACAUCAUCAGUUCUUUAAAGAAAGACAUGCCUUCGGUCUUUGGGAAGGAGAACAAAAAGAAGGAACUGAUUAACAGCUUGGGUGAGAUCUACACUCGCAUUGAGAGGGAGCACCAGAUCUCCCCGGGCGACUUUCCCAACCUCAAGAGAAUGCAGGAUCAGCUACAAGCCCAUGAUCUAAACAAGUUCCAGCCUUUGAAAACGAAGCUGCUGGAUACAGUGGAUGAUAUGCUGGCACAUGACAUUGCCCAACUGAUGGUUCUGGUGCGUCAGGAGGAAACACAGAAGCCCAACCAGGUGGUAAAGGGUGGCGCCUUCGAGGGGACCAUGAACGGGCCAUUCGGACACGGAUACGGAGAGGGGGCGGGCGAGGGCAUCGAUGAAGUCGAGUGGGUGGUGGCUCGUGACAAACCUAUGUACGACGAAAUCUUCUACACCCUCUCGCCUGUCAAUGGGAAAGUGACCGGUGCCAAUGCCAAGAGGGAGAUGGUGAAGUCCAAGCUACCCAACACGGUGCUGGGAAAGAUCUGGAAGCUGGCUGAUAUCGAUAAGGAUGGUAUGCUGGAUGACGAGGAGUUUGCUUUGGCAAACCAUCUGAUCAAGGUUAAACUGGAAGGUCAUGAACUUCCGAGUGAUCUUCCAUCUCAUCUUGUACCGCCUUCCAAGAGAAAAAUUCCAGAGUAAGAUGUAGCAUGUCUGACUUUGGAAAACGGAUUCAUUUUAUGGAUUAGGAUGGCUGGACAACUAAAAAAGCAGGGACUCCUCUGCGAUACGCGAUUGUGCUUUAGUAUGACUGUACUGGAUUUGAAAAUGAUCCUUUGUAUAUUUUUCUGUUUGACAAACACAUCAUGCUGUCUGCCGUUUAAAAAUUCAUUUAAAGGAAUAGUUGACCCCAAAUUAAAAAAUAGUUUUCUACAUAUCCCUGUCAUUCCAACCCCAUAUUACUCAGCCCAGUCACACGAAAUUACAUACCUAUAGUCACAUAAUUUUUUUUAUUCUUUUUCGUGAUACUGUCACGAAUUUCCCCGUUUUAUCGUUAUCGUAUCACGAAUUUCUGUUUAUGUUUCAUUAUCACGUAUUGGUUACUCAACUGUUUUGUCCUAUUUUCUUGCCAUUGUAAAUCAGAAAAAAUAGUAUAAACCAAUACUUAAAGUGUCAUCCUAACGCAAACACCAAAUCUAAUCCUAAACCGAAACGACAAUGGUUUGAAAAUAGGAAAAAGCAGUUGAGAAAAAAUCAAAAAAUUACGUCACUACACUGCAACAAAAUUAUUUUCAAGAAAGAUUUUCUUAGUAUUUUUGUCUUGUUUUCAGUAAAAUUAUCUAAAAAUUCUUGAAUAAAGAUGCUUUUUCUUGAUGAGCAAAACGACCCAAGAAAGUAAAAAUAUCAAAUUUAAGUGAUUUUGUGCAUAAAACAAGCAAAAAAUCUGCCAAUGGGGUAAGCAAUUUUUUCAUGAAUUUUUCUUGAAUUUAUUGUUUAAGAAAAAUGUUGCCGAUUUUUUUGCUUACCCCAUUGGCAUUUUUUUUUUUUUUUUUUUGCUUGUUUUAUGCACAAAAUCACUUAAAUUUGAUAUUUUUUGUCUAAAAACUAGACUUAUUUUCUUGGGUCGUUUGCUCAUCAAAAAAAGCAUCUUAAUUUAAGAAUUUUUACAUAUUUUUACUAAAAAACAAGACAAAAAUACUAAGAAUUUUUUUCUUGAAAAUCAUUUUUUGCAGUGCAAUACUUAAAGUGACAUCCUAACGCAAACACCAAAUCUAACCCUAAACCAAAGCGAAAAUGGUUUGAAAAUAGGAAAAAGCAGUUGAGAAACCAAUACGUGACAAUGACACAUAAACAGAAAUUUGUGAUACGAUCACGAAAAAACACAGAAAUUUGUGACAGUAUCACGAAAAAGAAUCAAAAAAUUAUGUGACUACACUGCAAAAAAAUUCUUUUCAAGAAAAAAAAUCUUAAUAUUUUGUCUUGUUUUCAGUAAAAAUAUCCAAAAAUUCUUAAAUUAAGAUGUUUUUUCUUGAUGAGCAAAGCGACCUAAGAAAAUAAGUCUAGUUUUUAGACCAAAAAUAUCAAAUGUAAGUGAUUUUGUGCAUAAAACAAGACAAAAGUAUUUUUUUCUUGAAAAUCAUUUUUUUUGCAGUGUAUAGGUAUAUACUUUUGUGAGACUGGGUAGUGUUACUUUACCUUUCAUCCAAAAUUAUCAUACAGCAACAGUUCAUUGUGACCUUGUCUGCCAAAAAUGUGGUUUAACUUGUGCAUUAAUGCUGUAUUCCUCAGGCCAAGAAACGGAUCAGUGAACAAAUAACCCUGUUAAUUUCAAUGAAUUGGUUAAUCUGGUUCACAAAUUUGACUGAUUCAUUUAUGAAAUACCAUGACCCGGUCACAGCAAAUAUACUGUAGUUGUAUGGAAAAACUGCUCAAAGAUUAUUUAUUCAUAAAAAAGUGAAAUAUUUUAAGGAUUUGGAAUAACAUGAGAAUGAGAACAAAGCGAUAUUUUUUACUAUUCCUUUAAUGAAUUUAUGUGCUUUCGAAUUUUACAGACACAUUUUACUGUAUAUUAUAAUUUAAAACACUCAGAAGAGGAUUUCCCUCAUUUGUUCGUCUCUCAUCAUGACACUAAAGCUUCAUCAUCCAUUCAUGUGUUGGAUUUUUAUUAGUUUAUUUCAACACAAUCUCACAGCAAUUUGUCCGUAUUUGUACGUAUGGCGGCUAAUUCGUAUUUCGUAAUUUGUAAGACCACAUUCGUAUGUUUUUGUAUGAUUUGCUUUCGCCUCGUGAUGUUAGGGUGGUUCAUUUUUUUAUUCUAAUAAUUGUUUAUUUUUGUACGAUUCACUUCAUACAAAUUCAUACGAAUUAGCCAACUCGUAAAAUACAUACGAAUUCCUGUGAGAUCUGUUUAUUUACACUAAUCUGUGUCAAGAGAGGAGAUAUAUAGAUUACAACAGAAAUCGAAAAAGUCAACCACAUUCUGAAUCUUUGUAUCAGUAGUUAAUCUAAAUGCACAGCUGUUCAAAUGUAACAAGAGAAGCAAAAUGUCUUUUAUAAGUAGGCCUAGGUGUUAUUGUUUUCACGUGAAGGCGGCAUCUUAACAAAUGCGAGUCCUUUCUAGCCUGACGAAGAGACUGUUAAAACUGUAUAGCCGUCAAGUGAGAAGAUUCGGUGUUUAGUGUUUUGAUGAAAAUGUAGAACUAGUAUCUGUUAAUAGUCGACUGUAUGUAAUGUAAACAUAUGUAAACUAACUUGGGUUUUAGAAAACUUACAGAAUUCCAGUCUGAUGGACAAAAAAUGCUGUUGCAAUUCAGCGAUUUAACUUUAUUAAAAGUGAUAUGCAUUCAAUUGAGCUUUUCUCUCUGAUGACUUUUGUGCUCAUGUGCAUCAUAUCAUUGAAACAACAGCAGUUGUAUGCAUUUAGUCAUAUUAUACUUUCCCUCAUAGUAUGAGCAUUUAGUGAUUCACUGAACUAUUUACCUCUAUCCACCCCUUGACAUGCAGUUAUCCAGAGUUGAUUCAUUUAUUCCUGAAGAUUAUUAGGUGAAUUCAUGGGGUUUAAUGCACUGAUGUUUGUAUCUGAACUGAAUGGCCCUUAAUCUGAUCUGCUUUGAUUUUAAUGCCCAUUUUCCCAUGUGAAAUAGCUCUGCUUACGCAAACCAUACCUCAGUUUCAGGAAUCAAAGAGAUAAAAUUGUCAGAUUGAAAUGACAAAUGUUAAGAUAAUGAAAUUCCUGCAUUACAAGCUAGCAGUGCUUUAACCAAUAAGCUGCCUCUUUGCCUUUGGACACACCCACUUCAAUCAGAUAUCGGAUGUGACACUGCACAUACUGUAGAAAUGUACGGGAGAAAACAUAUUGUCUUGACAUCCUUUAAAGACUUUCAUGGAUCAAGUUGCAGUUGAAUGUGAUUGUCGAAUUAAAAAAAUCCAACUUUGCUCAUAAAUUGCACAUGGGAUGUUUCGUUUUACCAUAAUGUAUCUGCAUUUGUUUUUACAUGUACAUGUGUACUGUAUAUGGGGUGCAAUAUGGUUUGCAAGUGUAUUGUGAAGUAGUUACACUAAGCACGGAUGCCGUGUUGCUCAUUGUGUGUUUAAACCAGUGCGUACAUGCUGUUCAGAGAGAAAUGGAUGUUAUUCAACUAAAUAAAACUCUUAACUCAUUUAAAGGGC